ACCACCACCACCACCACCACCUCCAGCCAUCAGUGCCAUCACCCCUCCCAUUCCUCUUUUCUUUCCCGCCCCGCCCGCCCCGGCGUGUCCCAAUUAGUUCGUUUCUCCGACUGGGCGAAUGCCUCAGCUCCGUCUUGGAAGAUCUGUGGGGGUUGGCGGUUGGCUGGCUCUAUCGGAGAGGAUAUAGCCGAUGCUGGUAACCGAGAAUUUAAAGGGAACGCCAGAGGCGAGGAGGAGGUAGGAAGGAAGGAAGGAGUGGAAUAUCUUCCCCCCCCUCCAUUUAUUUUUAAAUUAUUUUUUUCGCCAAAAUAAUAAUGAUGAUAAUGAUAAUGAUAAUUUCAUCUCUCUGACAAGCCGGGGUGCCGACACCUCCGAGGGGGGGAGGGCGCCAGCAGGAGGCCAGCAGGAGGCUUAACCCCCUCCCCUACAAACCCUUCUCUCCUCCCCCCGUGUCGCCCGAUGGAUUGGGGAGUGGGAAAAAAAAUAAAAAAUACAUGAGGAUAAUGCGAGGCCCGGCUGGAGCGCUAAUUUAAAAAAAAUGUACAG